AUGACACCGUUCCAACCGGUCCAGACUUCUCCAACGGAGGCCUCCGAUGACAGAAACUCCUCUGUGUCAGGCAGUGAUGUCGAAAUUGACAAUCCCGAUAAUGCCCCGGACGCUGGGAAUGGUGGCAAGAAGAGGAAGAGGUCUUUAAAAAUCUCCUGUGAGCUGUGCAAGUCAAGAAAGGUGAAAUGCGACCGAGUCGAACCGGCCUGUGGCUGGUGUGCGCGCAACAAUCGAGUAUGUGUGUACAAGGAGAGGCAGAAGCCGGGUCUACGCGUAGGGUAUGGCCGCGAACUCGAGGAGAAAAUCCUCCGACUUGAGGCUCUUCUACAGGUAAUGGGUCGUCGGCUGGAGGAUCACAUCUCUGAACAUGGCGACUACCCUCAACAUCGGCCAGGCUCUGUUCGCAUGAGCGCCUCUCAACCGCCGCCAUUCUCUGCGUAUUCCCACAAUGAUCCUCGUCCGUCAAAUGCGAGCAUCGUCUCUCAAGAUACUCCUGGCUCAGAGGCGAGAUGGCCUGGGGGGAAUGCCUAUGAACGCAUGCAGUAUCCUCGACCUCAAGAUGCCAUGUCAAUUCGAUCUGUUGUGGACAACACCAACCAUGACCUUAUGUCGCAGAGCGACCGAGGCACCUCAACCGCAUGGUAUCCAACAUCAACUCCGGCGCCAUCACUGAUACCUGACUCAGAACUCCCUCCGUAUGACCUCCUUUACACCUUAGUCGACUUGUUCUUCAAACACGUCAAUCCCUGGUCGCCCAUCCUCGAUCGCAAAGCCACAUUCGACGCAUUUUUUGGCUCCCAGUCGAUGGAUGAAUCCGACCGGAUACUCGUCCAUGCCAUUGUAGCGACAACUUUGCGGUUCUCCAAGGACCCUCGCUUGACGCCAGAGUCGAGGAAUCAGUUCCACGAGAUAUCGCGACAGAAGAUUAUGCUGUACGCGCUCGAUCAUCCCACAGUUCGAGCCAUGCAAGCCUUGACCAUCCUGGCUGUCGAUGUUCUUGGUACAUCAAACGGUCAGCAGGGCUGGAAUCUGCUGGCUCUGUUGGCGCAUAAUAUCGUCCAACUUGGACUAGACGUGGAGAAAAGCGCAUACUUGGAGUCAAGUGCGUAUCCGUCAGCGACAUUGCUCCAAGCCUCACAGCCGAAAUCCUGGAUUGAAAACGAAGAGCGACGGCGGCUGUGCUGGAUGACAUUUGUCCUAGACAGGUACGCCACCGUUGCCACCGCUGAAGCAUUUAUGUUGGACGAAAGAGAAAUGGACAGAUGCCUUCCUUGUCGAUAUGACCUGCUAUCACGAAAUGAGCCCGUCGAGACGAGAUGGCAUCGCCGCGGUGCGCCAGCGGAAAUGCUUGUGGACAAACCAGAAAAUCUAGGAAGCUUCUCCUACCACUGCGAGGUGCUGGGCAUCUUGAGCCGCAUCCACCGAUUUCUCCACGAGCCCCUUGAUAUCACUCGACACUCGGACAUCCAACGAUGGCGAGAAACGUACAGAGAACUCGACGGCGAACUCAACAGCUGGCUGCAGAAUCUACCAGGCGAAUACGGGAAGAUAUCACAAUUAUGUCACUCUGAUCCUGGCAGCCGGAUCUCCAAUUGGAUCAUGCUGCACGCAGCCUUUGUCACGUCCGUCAUCCGACUUCAUUCGUCAGCGGCAUAUCCCACCGUCAAGUCGCCUGUUUUCACGCCUUCUUAUCAUGCUAUACAGCGCUGUCUCGGCGCCGUCGAAAGUUUACGCGAGAUUGCCCAGGAUGUUCUCAACACCGGCAUGCUCGCUCUGCUAGGCCAUCCUUUUGCGUUCUCACUCUGGGUCUCGGCGCGGCUCCUUCUCGUUCACGCCGCGACUAUGGAGUGCGAUGUAGACCCGAAAAUCAGCUUCUUUAUAUCCACGUUGGAACAGAUGGGCCAGCACUGGCAGGUCGCUAGAGACUACGCUCGUAUCCUGAACGAUGUUGUGCAGGAAGGGAGGACUGGCUCUGGACGGACUUUUACGGGCAUGAGAAGACAAGCUUACGAGCUCAACCUGUUGACCUCGCAACGGCCACGCUCCGUUCUCGAACCUCCCACCACGCACAACUCGACGCCAAGCGAGCUCGAAUAUCUCGAGGUGUUCGACUUCUUCAACUACCCGCGCCUCGAUGCCAUCGCCGGUAUCGGAUUUGAUCCUGCUUCUGUCAUCAUUGGCCCUGCCGCCGCCGCAAACCCGAUCCAUAAAACCACCUCGACCUCGACUUCUACGCCCACUCCGACUCCGACUCCAACCGCGGCUGCGGCCGCGGCAGCUGGCACCACUCCAGCCGGUCCACAAGCAUCACAGGCCCCGUCCUACCGAGCCACGCCGGCAUUUGUGAUUCCAAAUCCGGAGUCGGAUUGGUUGGUGUUCAAGCCGCCUUAUGAGUAG